AUGACCUACACAACUAACAAUAUCCUCAUGCCACAUCGGCCGUCGCGUGGUGCCAUCAGCCGGGUCGCCUUACUUGCUGCAUACAGCAGGGCGAGAUGGGGACCGCGUGAUCCUCAUUGUGCCUGGUUGGAGACACUACAAGAUAUGGCUGCCAACCGAUGUCAGUGGCGUUCUUGUUGUCAGUUUCUGUCCAGAUUGCCUGAGCUUUCAAAUAAGUCAUGGCUGUACGCCAUUGAAGCAUCGGUGUUGAACACUGAUGUCAUGCUGUCGUUGAUGAUGAUGAUUUGCCCCUAA